AUGGCCGACGGCGACGCAGCAUACUUCAGCGGCCCACUGCAGCUGAUUCAGAUCGACGAUGAUGGCAAGUGCCACCUUCAGGAGAAUGCCGCGGCCAUCCUCAACCAGAUUCCGGGGAGACUGGCGAUCGUGGGCAUUGCCGGGUUGUACCGGACCGGGAAGUCCUUCCUUCUGAACCGUUUGCUAGGUUUGCAGGACGGUUUCGAGAUUGGCCCGACCAUCAAUCCGUGCACGAAGGGCCUUUGGAUUUGGGGCCAGCCAGUUCAGCUGGCGCCGGACUACUUCUGCGUCCUCAUCGACACGGAGGGCCUGGGCUCAACGCAACGCACAGCGAGCUGUGACAUGCAGAUCCUGUCGCUUUGCAUCCUGCUGUCCUCGUACUUUAUCUACAACUCCAUGGGGGCGAUAGACGAGCAGGCCAUUGACGAUCUCCAUCUUGUGCUGCACCUGGCGAAGCACAUCCAUGUGAAGAGCCACCGCCGCAACGAGGAGGAGAAGUCUGCGGACCUGGCCCAAUAUUUUCCUCUCUUCCUCUGGGUUCUGCGAGACUUCCACCUCCGCCUGGCCGACGAGCCGCUGGGCACGUUAAGUCAGGAGUAUCUGGAGCGAGCCUUGCAGUCUGUUCGAGGUCAAGACGACAAGAAUAAGCUGCGGGAUGUCAUCAAGGACGUCAUCCGGGACCUUUUCCGGGAGCGCGACUGCGCCACCAUCGUGCGGCCUGUAGUGGAUGAGGCAGACCUGCGCAACAUCCAGAAGCUGCCGUACGAGUCCCUGCGUCCGGAGUUCCGCGAACAGGUGGAGGCCUUUGUGAAGAAGGUGUACAUGUUCCUGAAACCCAAGAAGAUCGAUGGACAGCCGAUAAACGGGGCCAUGCUGGUGGAGUUGGCCGGCGAGUACUGUAAGGCCAUCAACAGCAGAGUUGUUCCGACGAUCCAAUCUGCCUGGACGUCCGUGGUACAGCACCAGCUGCGACUGUCACUGAGGGAUGCAGUCCAGCUGUACCGCUCGAGGAUGAAUGAAACGGCGAUGCAGCACCUGCCCGUCUCAGACGAAAAGCCCGUUGGCCGAAGAAGAAGAAGACUUUCUUGA